AUGCCUCCCACUUCCCAACCAUUGGCCGCGGCCAAGAUCCGCUUGCCUCAUCCUUAUCUGACCACCUAUAACGUCACUCCUUCUAACACGGUGGUCGAAGGCAACAGUUCUUUCCAAUUGCGCAAAGCUGAAAAGGGAGAAGCGCAAGCUUUCCCCCAACCUUUACACAAUGAGAACCUGUACUUCACGGCACCACAGCCCGUGAGUCCCCAGACAGCGGUCCCAGCAUCGAACAACACUGCUUGGGCUCGUGCACAGAGGAGCCCCUCGGCUAUCGCGCGCUGGCAGAACAGCACUGCCCCUUCAGUGGGCCAGAUCUGGCUUUAUCUAUACACGAUCUUCACCGUGCAGCAAGAAACAGAGACCUUCCGCCUGACUCUGCAAGGUCCCAAUGCGGAGGCUCUCGCGCACGCCUUGCGCCUAUCAAUGGUAGCAACAGAGCACCCAGCUCCCGUCAGCGCCAAGACACCUUUCACUGCUACACCAAAUGAGCUUCUCAUUCUCCGCAGCGCCUUCUGGCAAGGUGCUGCAUCCCCACUGGGCUCUCAGCCCAUCUGGCUUCCAUCAUGGAACCCUGCAGCUUCAGUGCCUCUGCUUGACUGGACGAUGACAUCAACCGAGACCAUGCACAGACGACACCCCCGUCGUCACCCAAAGCCAACACCUGGCUCUGUGGUUUACAGCCGCUAUAUCCCAUUCUUGGACGAGCACUUCUCACUGAUUGCGCUUGAUUACCGCAACCCCGAGCACUUGAACCUCUUCCACACCUGGCAGAACGAUCCUCGUGUCGCGGCCGGAUGGAAAGAAACCGGAACUCUGGACGAGCACCGCGAUUACCUCCGCAGACAAGAUGAGGACCCCCACACGCUGACUGUUCUUGGUCGCUUCAACGACGAAUUCUUCUCAUACUAUGAGAUCUUCUGGGCCAAGGAAGAUAAUGUGGGCGCUCAUUAUUCUUCGGGCAACUUUGACCGUGGCCGUCACACACUUGUCGGAAAUGAUAAGUUCCGUGGCCCCCAUCGUGUCAUGGCUUGGUGGCCCAGUAUGAUUCACUAUUGUUUCCUUGAUGAUUGCCGUACGGAGAACGUCAUCGGCGAGCCUAUGAGCACCAACGACAAGGUGCUUACCUAUGAUUAUACAUUUGGUUUGCAUCAAGAUCAGAUCAUUGAUCUUCCCCAUAAGCGAGCCAGCUUAGUGAAGGCCACCCGUGAAAGGUAUUUCCAAUUGUGUCCUUUCAACCAGGUUAGCCCACACAUUGCGGGUACUGGGCUGGGCUUCAAGCCACGUUUGUGA